GCGUUGCUGGUGGUGGAAGGCUUUGGACGAGAUGCUCCACCCGACUGCUCCAAGGCCAUGGCGACCAACCGCGGGCAAGGAUGCGCGACGGUGAUGGCGGCCUCGCAUUCGCCCGAACAAGGGCCGCGGCUUGCUGCCGCUGGUUCCGCGCACCGCCGCCGCUGCUGCCGUCCGCAUUAGCGAGCUUGGGCCCGCCCGUGACGGAAACAUGCCCACCAACUCGACUGCAACUCGACUGCAACUCGACUGCAGUCGACUCGACUCCAUCUGCCAUGCCACCCACGCCCGCCGCACGCUGCCCCUCCACCACUGCCACUACCACCGCCAGUUCACCGGCCCCCGACGCCUGCUGCCAGAAGUCGCCGCCGCAUUCUGUCAUUGGCCGCCCUAUGCCAAUCCCCUCGACUCCCCACGCUGCCGCUGCCGCUGCCACUGCCACUGCCACUGCCACCACUGACACUGGCACUGGCACUGACACUGACACUGCCAAUGCCACGCCCACGCCCACGCCCACUGCCCACGCCAACCCACCUGCAGUCCGUGUCCAUCAAGAUGAUACUGUCGACUGCACGCUUGUGCCUGCGAGCACGGCUCUCCAGCCUUGACCGAUGGCCUGUCACCACUCGGCAAUCUCCAGAAGGGGGACUCGCAAAGUGUAGCUCACCAGCGUAUCGAGCCCAUGUUUGACACUACUGCAGGUCCACCAUUUUGGAUCUUGAAUUUCCCUAACAGACGCAGCCACUCACCCACCACCGUCAUACACAGCAUCCCCAGCACCGGCACCACCACUCGACAUGGAGCCGCCCACGCCAGACGGAAUGCCCCCCUGCACAUGUGCUCCAUGCCAUGGUGGCCAAACCGAGGCCCCAGCAUCUCUCUCUCUCUCUCUCUCUCUCUCU